AAAAAACAUGUGUUUUUGACAAAGUUCACGUUUCCUACCGGAAUUCAAGAAAUUGUUAAAAUUGUCCUAAUUUUGUGUUUAUAUCUACGAAAUUUUGGUCCUCAUAUGAAAAGAUGGGUAAAAAGAAUAAAGAUUCUCUCGGGCGAGCACUCAUCAAGGACAGAUUCUCUAAGAAUCGGCACCGAAAACAUGUUGAAGACAACACUAUGCUCCAUACAACUGAAGUAAAUGAUGGCUACGACUGGGGCCGUCUUAAUUUACAAUCUGUAACAGCGGAGUCAUCACUACAAGAGUUCCUAUCAACAGCAGAACUAGCUCAAAGAGAAUUUACUGCUGAGAAACUGAACUUAAAAUAUGUUUCUUCAGUACCCAGUGAGGUCGAAGCUGCUACGUCCCAGCCAAACUUUGAUGAGCCUUUAACUGUACCAAGGAGGCCGCCAUGGAAACCAGGUAUAACAGCCGAGGAACAGAGUGACAGGGAGCGAGAAGCUUUCCUAGAGUGGCGUCGUAACCUAAACGAGCUGCAAGCUAAACUGGGGGCUGCCUUGACACCCUAUGAACGGAAUCCGGAGCUCUGGAAGCAAUUGUGGAGAACUUUGGAGAAGUCUGACGUUGUUCUUCUACUGUUGGAUGCUAGGAACCCUUUGCUGUUCAGGUGUGCGGAUUUGGAGAAGUAUGCUGCAGAACAACAGUGCAAAUGUAUUCUGUUGUUGAACAAGGCUGAUUUGAUCAGUGAAUAUCAACGUAAAUGUUGGGCAGAAUAUUUUGAUAAAGAGAAAGUGCCCAUUGUUUUCUUCUCGGCUGCAAAACCUACAAAAGAAAGGAAGAUAUCUGAAGAAAGUGACAAAUCAGAAGAGAAAAUUAUAUCUGAAAUUGACCCAGAAGACUCAGAAACUGAUAACACUGACGCAGACAAUGAAGAUAGUGACUUUGAUAAAGAAGCCUUAAAGGGUAGUGAAGAAGACAUAGAAUUGUUUAAAAAACAACUAGGGGAUCUUAAUGAAGCUGUAGCAAAUACUGCUAACAAAAUUGAUAACAUACAAAAUACGUUAGAUAAGGUUCUAGAAAACUUUAGGCUUGGUAAACCUGUGGAACUUUUGCAGAGUAAUACAGUUUCUGAAAACAAAAACGAGGAAGGCGCUGCUGCAGGUUCCGAAGAAAAAACUGAUGAAAACACAGAAGUGAAGAACUCACAUGAAAUAUUUGAUAGGGAUAGGCUAGUAGGAGUGUUGAAAGAACUAAAGUUAGAGAAUUUGAAGAACCCUCCUAGAGUGACAGUGGGUAUGAUUGGCUACCCCAAUGUUGGGAAAUCCAGUACUGUCAAUGUUCUAAUGCAGACUAAGAAAGUGAGUGUGAGUUCGAUGCCGGGUCACACACGACACAUCCAGUCUCUGAUCCUGGACGAGGGUAUAGAGCUGUUGGACUGCCCCGGGCUGGUGUUGCCAGCGUACGCCGUCGCACCAGACUUAUUACUAACCGCUGUGCUGCCUAUUGAUCAGAUGCGGUCUCACGAUGCGGCGAUGGCGCGUCUCUGCCAGCUGGUCAGCAAGCACACGUUCGAGCAGAAGUACGGACUGCUACUGCCACAGGAGCACACAGACGUCGACUACAAGCAGAUACUUACCGCGCAUGCCUUCAACCGAGGGUUUAUGACGGCGGCCGGCCAACCGGAUCAGUCCAGAUCAGCUCGCUUGCUGCUCAAGGAUGCAGCCAGCGGCAAGCUUCAAUGGGAGCAGCUGCCUCCAGGGUGUGCGCCGGCGCCUAUAGAGGACAUGCUGGCUGAACGACGACAGAAGAGGAAGCCCACACCGCGAGAGGCUAGGAUGGUUGAGGGUUGGUUGAGCAAGGCAGCUGAAAUAGACAAAGCUUUCUUCGCCAACCAGAGGGCGACGGUGCACGUUAAAGGAAAACCUAUUAUGGGGGUAUCAGGCGCGCAGCCAGCCGAUCACCCGUACACCAAACCCUGGAAGCUGGAGAAACGUCACGCCAACAAGAACAAACGCGAGAAGCUCCGGAGGGUCUACGCACACCUCGACGAACACUAGUAUUUAUAUCCCCUUACAUUUUAUACUUCAAAUUGUAAGGGCUCGUUUAGUAAGUUGUGAGUGCUGGCGCCAAGAACUGGGGGGCUAAAUAUGCAUUCAUGCAACUGCCGAAACUCUCCCCUAACAACUUCUCCUUCUCCAGAUAAAAACAGAUUUGUAAAAAACGUGAAACAAACCAGCCUAUCAAGAAACUGUAUUAUUUAGAACUGCCUGAAAUUCGAGGCUGACUAGAGGGCUAAAAAGCCACAUCGAAAAAAUUCAUCUAAAAAGCAAUUUGGUUUUUUUGACAUUUGAUGGCAUUGAGCAGUUGUUUUUAUAUGCGCAAUUUUGGAAUAGCAAUAUUGCUUUUUAGACGAAUUGCUUCAAUGUACCAUUUUUAACCCACCCUGACUUACGUGACUACUCGUAUUCAGACUCUGUCACUCGAUCUUAACAGCUUACUGACUCCUCGUUAGAGCCAGUGACUGUAAAUGAGCCUUUAAUGAAAAAUAAUGUUCGCUGAAGUAAUUCGUGAUUCAUCUGAAAAUGUAUGGAUAAUUAAGUUUUUAUAUGGUACAAUACUGGCUGUUAAAAUAAAAAACAAUUAUUUCUAGGGUUCCGUACCCAAAGUACCUAACCUAAAAAACGGGACCUUGUCACUAAGACUCCGCUGUCCGUCCGUCCCUCUGUCACCAGGCUGUUUCUCAUGAACCGUGAUAGUCAAAUAGUUAAAAUUUUCAAAGAUUUCUGUUGUUGUUAUAACAAUAAAUACUAAAAAUAAAAUAAAUGAUAAAAUUCUAAUCUAGAAAUAGAAGCCAGUCUAAGAUGAUCAAAAAUCAAUCUGUUACCUUUCGACUUAUUUUCGAAUUUUAUUUAUGAAUUAAGUAAAAAUGAGUACGACGUUUGACAGCUUUUAUUGAUGACGUCACAGGACAGUAUUGCCAUACAACCUCCGAAGAAAACUUUCGUUUUGACGUUUCGUUUAAAAAGUAUCUCAUUUGACUGGGUUGCCAAGUAGCCUAUUGUUGAUCGUUAAGUCUUCAUUUAUCUUUUUCUUUCGGUGCCGUCUUCUACCUGAGGCUGAUGGUCUUUACGGUGACCUUUACUUGCUUUUUCCUUCAUAAUUUAUGAAUAACUCCAAUACUGUCAAACACUCACUCCAACUUGUUGCUUAACUUCAAACAUUUUGAUACGAAAGAUCACGCACAGAACAAAGUAAGUAAUUUAUUCUGUCAGCGAGGUGUGAUUGGAUGGAUGUACGCGACAACAGAAUGGAUUGGUACUUGAGAGCGUUGGUUUGACAUAUAUAAUGUAUAUUUAAAACUCAGUUUACACCACAAUAAAUAUUUCGCUCGAGUUUAAAA